UCGGCCCCGCGGCCCCUUCGCAAUGGGCCUCGGAUGGCGCGCCUGGGCGCAGGAGCGGGCUGGACGGAGCUGCCAGCCGACCUCCGCGCGGCCCUCGCCGCCUGCUGCGGCGGCUGCCCCGCGACGGACGAGCUCCGGCGGGCACCGCGAGGCCAGGCGCCCCGGCUGGCGCCUGCGGAGGUCGGCCUGGGGCCUGGCGAGCAGGGCUCGCCCAGCUGCGUCGCGGCCCAUCACGGGCUCGGGUGCGCACGCCAGCCCGACCCCCGCGCCGAGGAGGUCGUCACGGCCCACCCGGGGCUCGGGUGCGCAUUCCAGCCCGGCCUUUGCUCCGAGGAGGUCGUCACGACCCACCCCAGGCUCGGUUGCGCAUGCCAUCCCGACCCCCUCGCCGAGGAGCCCCAGCUCUCCAGGCGGUCCAUCCCCGCGAGCCCGUUCUGCGCCAAAAUCGUGAGGGCCUGCAGGCUGGUCUCGGGGCCAGGGGGGUCCUUCGGCGCACAGCCCUUCGAGGACAUCCGGGACCUGCUCGGCCCCGUGUGGGGGUCGCCCAUCCUGUCCUACUCCGAGCUGCGCUUCCCGUUCUUGGCGGCCCGGUUCCUGGAGCUGCCAGCUCCGCUGGGGCUCUACCACGUCGCUGUCCUCCUGGACGUCGAGGGCCCCCAGUACGCUAUCUCGAUCGAGAAGUGGGAGGACCGCAUCGAGGUGAUGCUCGGUGAGCGGGGCGCGCUCUGCCGCGGCCUGGAGCGGUGCCGCUCUGGCGGGGAGCCGCGGGGCGCGCCAGCGGGCAGCAUGGUGGUGCUGCCCUCGGUCCGGGUGGGCGCGGCCUCGGCGGAAGGGCCCAGGCCCAGGGUCGCGGACCUGUACCGGUGGCUGGCGGGGCCCGUCGCGAGCGGCUGGAGGCCGUACGACCUGCUGCACGCGAACUGCCAGCACUUCUGCGGCGACCUCGUCGGGUUCCUCGGGGGCGCGCCGCCUCCCUAG